UUUACAUGAACGUGUACGCCGUCACGCUAGGUGGCGCUGUCUGACACGACCGCGCUAUAACCCAACGCAGACGAUGGCUGCUCCCGGAUGAACAAUCCCACCAAGCAGCGAUAUUACUCUUUAAUAUUUCUUCUGCGGGCCAACAAUUAUGAAAUUGUACUGUCUGUCCGGUCACCCGACGUUACCCUGCAAUGUCCUCAAGUUUAAAUCCACCACAAUCAUGCUGGAUUGUGGACUGGACACCACCUCUGUCCUCAAUUUCUUGCCCCUUACUCUCAUCCACAGCCAAAGACUCUCAAAGCUUCCUGGGUGGACAGCGAAAGAUGCAUCGCUCAACUUGGAAAAGGAGCUGAAAGAGUGUGCAGGCCGAGUGUUUGUGGACUCGCAACCAGAGUUCUGUCUUCCUGAGAGAGAACUGCUGGAUUUGUCAACCGUGGAUGUCAUCCUGAUCUCCAACUACCACUGCAUGAUGGCCCUGCCCUACAUCACGGAGAACACGGGCUUCACUGGCACCGUGUACGCAACAGAGCCCACGCUAACAAUUGGAAGGUUGCUGAUGGAAGAGCUGGUGAACUUCAUGGAGCGAGUUCCUAAAGCGCAGUCUGCCCCCAGCUGGAAGAACAAGGAAAUACAACGGAUGCUUCCUGGACCACUGAAGGAUGCAGUGGACGUCUGGACGUGGAAGCGAUGCUACGGCAUGCAGGAAGUCAACUCUGCGCUCAGCAAAGUCCAGCUUGUGGGUUACUCACAGAAAGUGGAGCUGUUCGGAGCGGUACAAAUCUCCCCUUUAAGCUCUGGCUACUCUUUGGGAAGCUCCAACUGGAUCAUCCAGUCCCAUCACGAGAAAGUGUCCUACGUUUCGGGCUCCUCUCUCCUCACCACACACCCACAGCCGAUGGACCAAAGCUCCUUGAAGAACAGCGAUGUUCUUAUUCUGACGGGCCUCACCCAGAUGCCCACUGCCAACCCAGAUGGCAUGCUGGGAGAAUUCUGCAGCAACCUGGCCAUGACGAUACGCGCCGGGGGCAACGUGUUGGUGCCUUGUUACUCUUCCGGUGUGAUCUACGACCUCCUGGAGUGUUUGUACCAGUUCAUCGACAGCGCCAACCUGGGCACCACCCCCUUCUACUUCAUCUCACCCGUCGCCAACAGCUCACUGGAGUUCUCGCAGAUCUUUGCCGAGUGGCUGUGUCACAACAAGCAGUCCAAAGUGUAUCUUCCAGAGCCUCCCUUUCCCCAUGCAGAGCUGAUCCAGAGCAACAAGCUGAAACACUUUCCCAGCAUUCACGGCGACUUCAGCAGCGACUUCCGCCAGCCGUGCGUGGUGUUCACCGGUCACCCGUCCUUGCGCUUCGGGGACGUGGUGCACUUUAUGGAGCUGUGGGGCAAAUCCAGCCUGAACACCAUCAUCUUCACUGAGCCUGACUUCUCCUACCUGGAUGCUUUGGCUCCUUACCAGCCGCUCGCCAUGAAGUGCGUGUACUGUCCCAUCGACACGCGACUCAACUUUCACCAAGUGUCCAAGCUGCUCAAGGAGGUCCAGCCCGCCCACGUGGUUUGUCCCGAGCAGUACACGCAGCCUCCUGUGACGCAGUCUCACCGCUCGGACCUGAUGCUGGAGCUGCAGCCGCCCCCCAUGCCCUACAGGCGCUGCUCGGUGCUCAGUCUGCCCUUCCGACGCCGCUACGAGCGCGUUUACAUUCUGCCCGAGCUGGCCAAUUCCCUGGUGCCUUCCGAGGUCAAACCUGGAGUUUCCGUGGCAACCGUCUCCGCCAUGCUGCACUCCAAAGACAACAAGCACACGCUGUUGUCGGUUCCUAAAGCCGCUGCAGCGCCUCCCAGCAAGAAGAGGAAGAGGGUGCUGGAGGAGCCCCCAGCUGGGCGGGCGCCAAGACCCCUGCUGAGCGGAGUCGUUCCCCUGGACGCCUUUCUCGUCACGCUGCAGAAGCACGGCAUCACGGAGGUGAAAGUGGAGGAGACGGCGGAGGGACACAUCCUUCACUUGCAGGCGGAGGACACGCUGAUCCAGCUGGAGGAGGACGGCACGCACAUCGUGUGCGACAACAACGAGCCGCUACGUAAGACACUGCGAGACCUGGUGCUGCGCUUUCUGCGGAAGCUCUGAUUAGACUUGUUUUUAUCAUAGUGUCAACAUUGUAUACUUACAGCAGCUUCAAACACCUUUGUAGUGGCAGUGAGUGUGUGGCACACUCACUAGCUGCACUGACCUCAUCUGCAAAUUAAAUUAUUUUUAAGUAUAAAACGCACAACUCUGGUUUCAACAAGACAAACAAUAAACUGAAAAAUAAGAACAUUGACCUUUUUUCUAAUUAGGGCCCGAGCAGCGGAGUAAGCCCCGUGCCUUUUUCAGUAUCAUCAAUAACGGUUUUUACAAUCAUUUAGUUAGCGAUGUGUGAUACCACUGAUUUGCUUUCCUGUCCGAUACCAAGUAAAAUUCAGACCGAUAUCGGCGAUACUGAUACUUUGUGCAAAAUAUACCUAACAUUUGCCAACAUUAAAAUGGUGUAUUUUCAAAAUGACACACCUAUCUAAAAACAUUUUAAAAAUGUAAGGCAAAAUGUAGUGAGAAAAAGCUUCAUU